AUGCUGAAAUCAAAUGACUGCUUCUUUUCUUUGGAUAAUUUGUUUUUUGAAAAACCAGAUGAAGUUGAAAACUAUCCAAACAAUGAAAAGUCACUGGAUUUAUUUCUUCCUCCUGCUCCACUGAUUUCAGAAAUUCCAGAUACUCAAGAAUUAGAGGAAGAAAUAGAAUGUCAUAAACUAUUAGGUCAAGGGAAGAGACCAAAAAUGUUAACAUCAAACUUAAACAUAAUGAAAGAAGAUACAAAUUAUAUUUCACCAACACAAAAAUUUCAAUUUUCCUUCCUUUCUAAUAAAUAUGAACAAGAUGAUCUUAGUUUAGGAGGGGUAGGUAACAAUGACUUACCGCAUGUUGUUGGCAAGCUAACAUAUUCUCAGAAACAAAAAAAUCACAUUGGCACUGAGAUAGCACCUGAGCAAAAUGUUCCUGAUGAUACAAAAUCAGUUAAUUUUGUAGAAGAUAAAGCAGAAAGCACAUCAGCAUUCCAGAAAAGAUUAUUUAAGAUAUCUGACAAUAUAUAUGAAAGUGCUUAUUCCAAUGACAGUGCAAACUUGGACUCUCACAUUGGCUCAGUGAAAAUUGUUCAAACAGAAAUGAACAAAGGGAAAUCAAGAAACACUAGCAGUAGUAAAGAUAAACCUCAGUAUUCUGCAAAUAUGUUUAUAGCAAAUGAUGCUUUUUCUGCUUCUGAAAUUGGAGACAGCAUAUUCAAAGCACCAUCUUUUUCAGUUGCUUCCCAGCCUCGUGAUACUCAAGGGGUCAUAGGAAAUCGUUUAGGUUCCCUGAAGGCUGUCACAGAAAUUCCGGCAAAAUUUAGAAGUAUUUUCAAAGAAUUCCCAUAUUUCAACUAUGUACAGUCCAAAGCCUUUGAUGAUCUCCUUUAUACAGACAGGAAUUUUGUGAUUUGUGCUCCAACUGGUUCUGGAAAGACUGUACUGUUUGAACUAGCUAUAACAAGAUUAUUAGUGGAAGUACCAUUGCCAUGGCCAAAUAUUAAAAUUGUUUACAUGGCACCAAUAAAAGUCCUGUGUAGUCAGCGUUUUGAUGACUGGAAGGAAAAAUUUGGAGCAAUAGGACUGACUUGUAAAGAACUCACCGGAGAUACAGUAAUGGAUGACCUGUUUGAGAUUCAGCAUGCUCAUAUUAUUAUGACAACUCCAGAAAAAUGGGAUAGCAUGACUAGGAAAUGGAGAGAUAAUUCUUUGGUCCAGCUGGUUCGACUGUUUCUCAUUGACGAGGUUCACGUUGUAAAAGAUGAAAAUCGUGGUCCAAUUCUUGAAGUUGUAGUCAGCAGAAUGAAAACUGUACAAUCUGUAUCUCAGACUUUAAAAAAUAUUAGCACUGUCAUUCCAGUGAGAUUUGUAGCAGUAUCUGCAACAAUUCCAAAUGCUGAGGAUAUAGCAGAAUGGCUUUCAGAUGGUGAAAGACCCGCCUUAUGUCUGACAAUGGAUGAAAGCCAUAGACCGGUGAAACUUCGGAAAGUUGUCCUUGGAUUUCCCUACACUAGUAAUCAAACUGAAUUUAAGUUUGAUCUAACCCUCAACUACAAAAUUGCCAGUGUUAUACAGACGUACUCUGAUCAAAAACCCACACUUGUGUUUUGUGCAACAAGGAAAGGUGUACAACAGGCUGCUUCUGUUCUUCUGAAAGAUGCUAAAUUUAUUAUGACUGUGGAACAGAAACAGAGGUUACAGAAGUGUGCAUACUCCAUAAGAGAUUCAAAACUGAGAGAUUUCUUAAUACAUGGUGUUGGUUAUCAUCAUGCUGGCAUGGAGCUGUCAGAUAGAAAAGUAGUUGAAGGAGCUUUUACUGUUGGAGAUCUACCAGUUCUUUUUACUACCAGUACUUUAGCAAUGGGAGUAAAUUUGCCUGCUCACCUGGUAGUUAUAAAAUCUACAAUGCAUUAUGCUGGAGGAAUGUUUGAAGAGUACAGUGAAACAGAUAUUCUACAGAUGAUUGGUAGAGCUGGACGACCUCAAUUUGACACUACAGCUACUGCAGUUAUUAUGACUCGAUUAAAUACAAAAGAAAAAUACAUUCAGAUAUUAGCUUGUAGUGACACUGUAGAAAGCAGUUUACACAGACAUCUCAUUGAACAUUUAAAUGCAGAAAUAGUAUUGCAUACCAUCACAGAUGUGAAUAUUGCCUUGGAAUGGAUACGGUCAACCUUUCUUUAUAUCAGAGCCUUGAAAAAUCCAUCUCAUUAUGGUUUUGCAUCUGGAUUGAACAAAGAUGGAAUUGAAGCAAAAUUACAAGAAUUAUGUUUAAAGAAUCUGAAUGAUUUAUCAUCCCUGGACUUAAUAAAGAUGGAUGAAGAUAUUAAUUUCAGACCAACUGAAGCAGGAAGAUUGAUGGCUUGGUAUUAUAUUACAUUUGAGACAGUGAAGAAAUUUUUUACACUCAGUGGAAAAGAAACUGUAUCAGAUCUGGUCACAAUGAUAGCUGGCUGCAAGGAAUUUUUUGAUAUACAAUUGAGAAUAAAUGAAAAGAAAACACUGAAUACGUUGAACAAAGAUCCAAAGCGAGUAACUAUCAGAUUUCCAAUGGAAGGAAGAAUUAAAACAAGAGAAAUGAAAGUAAAUUGUCUUAUUCAGGCUCAACUAGGAUGCAUUCCCAUACAAGAUUUUUCUCUGACACAAGAUACUGCAAAGAUUUUCAGAAGUGGCUCACGAAUUACAAGAUGGUUGUCAGAUUUUGUGGCUGCUCAAGAAAAGAAGUUUGCUGUACUAUUGAAUAGUUUGAUUUUAGCUAAGUGUUUUAGGUGUAAACUUUGGGAAAACUCUUUGCAUAUAUCCAAACAGCUGGAAAAAAUUGGUAUAACUUUGUCAAAUGCAAUGGUAAAUGCCGGUUUGAUUUCCUUUAAAAAAAUAGAAGAAACAGAUGCAAGGGAACUUGAACUGAUUCUAAACAGACAUCCCCCUUUUGGAACCCAAAUAAAAGAAACUGUGAUGUAUCUACCAAAAUAUGAACUUGAAGUGGAACAGAUUUCAAGAUACAGUGAUACCAUGGCAGAAAUAUUAGUGACCAUUAUAUUAAGAAACUUUGAACAGCUACAAACUAAAAGAACAGCACCAGAUUCUCACUACGUUACCUUAAUCAUAGGCGAUGCAGAUAAUCAAGUAGUUUAUUUUAAGCACAAAAUUAUGGAUUCUGUUUUGCUGAAAACUGGAAAUUGGACUAAAAAGAUUGAUGUGAAGAGAGCUCUGAAAUCUGAAGAUCUUAGCAUAAAUCUAAUAAGUUCUGAAUUUGUUGGACUUGAUAUUCAGCAGAAAUUUACAGUCUUUUACUUGGGACCCAAGAGGUUUGGAAAUCAAAUAAUUAUGCAAGGAAAAUCAGAAAUAGAGAUUGCCCAUUCUAAACAUUCAGAUAGAUCUAUUCCAGCAGGACCCAAUAAAGGAAUGACUCCUUGCAAGAAACCUGGGAACCGAGACUGCAAUCAUCAUUGUAAAAAUAAACAUACAUGUGGACAUGACUGCUGUAAGAUUGGAGUUGCUCAGAAGUCAGAAAUUAAAGUGCCAACAAUUUCUUCAUAUUUAUCUGACUUAAGAAACAGAAAUGCUGUUUCAGCUCUUCCUCCAGUUAAACGUCUGAAGAUGCAGAUGAAUAAAUCUCAAAGUGUGGACCUUCAAGAGUUUGGUUUUAUUCCAAAACCUUCCCUUCCAAGUACAUCAAGGUCAGAACAUUUAAAUAUACCUGAGUUGCCUAUAAUGAACCAGUGGGAUCAGCAUAAAAUCCGUGGAAAAGUUCAACAAGAACUAUCUGAAUAUGAAAACAAAGAAAUUUUGAAUGUGAACUUUGAAUUAGAAAAUGAAGUUUGGGAUGAUUUUGAUGAUGAAAGCUUAAUAGAAGUUUCUAGCUUUUCACCUGAUACUGAAAAGACAAAAACAUCAGGAUUUCAGGACACUUUGGGUUCAACUACCAGGGAAAAUAAGCUACCCCUCCAAGAAUCAAAGAGCAACUUCCAAAGAGAAAUGUUAAACAGUUUUGUUUCAUCACAUAAGAAGCCAGAUACUUACUUACCAAAUUCUGCUAUGUCCAAGUUCGGUGCCUCCUCCAUGACAAAACUACCUCAGCAAGCUGGAAAUGGAAAUGAUGUCUAUUUACAAGAAAGGAAACAACAAAGUCUGUCACCAGAGAUUGAGAGGCUAUACUUUCCUCACUCUAAGAAAAACCCAAAUUGUUCAAAUUUUAAUGAAGUAGAUUUUUUUAUUAGCAACAGCGAAUGUAAAAAGGAAAUCGAUUUUAGUAGGUAUCAUGCUAUUGAUGAAGCUGGAGAAAUGAAAUCUCUUCUGGGAAUAUUUGAUGGUAUUUUCUAA